UUAUAAUAAUUCAAAGUUUCUCAGCCAAAUAAUGUAGCCAAUAGCUUGAGAAUAGGGUGGAGACUAGAGAGUUACGUCCUCAUAGUAGUUUUAUAAUUGACUGAGCAAUGACACAUAAGGACCAUUAGUUCACAAGGAUUAAGGUCUUUCACUGUCUGUGAAAGAAACCUUUUGCAAAAAGCAAGCAGCUUUUCUAGUGUCUGGCAUCGGAAAGAGAAAAUCUGGUCUUUAAAGAAAAAUGUCUAUAAAGAAAUGCACUUUCCCCGCAAAAUGGCUAAUAAGACAUAAAAUGUCUUUUAAAAAUUUUAAUUACAAAGGAACCAAAUUUGCUGUUCAAGUACACACAGAGGAACAUCUGGUCUAUAUAGAAAAUGAAUUUGAAGUCCUUGAUGAUGACGUUUAUAAUGUUACCUAUCCAAAAUCAGGUACUAACUGGAUGAUUGAAAUCUUGAAUUUAAUUAAACACAAAGGUGAUUGUGAAAAAAGUAAUACUGUACCUAUCUAUGAGAGAUCACCAUGGUACGAAACGGUUGGCUCUCGAGAACUAAUCCAAAAGAUGGAAUCUCCAAGAAUAAUAUCUUCCCAUCUACCUCCUCACAUUUUUGCUAAAUCUUUUUUCAAAUCUAAGGCAAAAAUUAUUUACACAAUGCGAAAUCCAAGAGACAUCAUUGUAUCUUUGUUCCAUUUUACCAAGAUUCUCAAAAUCUUUGAACCUACUGAAAAUUUCCAGAAUUUCAUUGAAGACUUUAUACAGGGAGAAGCUCUGUAUGGAUCUUGGUUUGAUCAUGUAAAAAGCUGGAUGCAAAUGAAAGAUGACAGCAGAUUCUUCUUUAUUACAUAUGAGGAGCUUAUACAGGAUAUCCGUGGCAGUGUGGUGAGAAUCUGUAAAUUCUUGGGGCAGGAGUUAGAUGAUGCCCAGAUUGACUUAGUUGCUGAAAAUGCAACCUUCAAAUCCAUGAAGGAAAACGCAAUGUCAAAUUGGAGUCAAAUGUCAACUGAUGUAGUGGACCAAUCAAAAGGAUCAUUCAUGCGUAAAGGAAUAUCUGGUGAUUGGAAGAACCAUUUUACAGUAGCUCAAAGUGAGUACUUCGAUAAAAUCUACCAAGAGAAGAUGAAAGAUAUCAAUAUAAAUUUCUUCUGGGAACAAUCAUCAUAAAGUUAUCAAGUUGUGCCAUAAUUAUAAUUUUUUAAUUAAAGGUACCUUCUAGAUUAAACUUGUUUUACCAA